CGACGCAACAUCCCUGCGCCCGCCGAGGGUGCACCGCCGCCUGUGGAGAGCCGCUUCGCCUCCGCGCAGAGUUACGUCUCCUUCCGCGCGGGAUGGCGCUGGCGCCCGCCGGGCCGGCGCAGCUGGUACGCUGCGGGCAGAAGGACGAGCUGUACCGGAGCGGGCUGCGGAGCGGAGCCGGCACCGCGCUGCACGGGCUCGCAGGUGCCAAGAAGUGGCUGGAAUGGAGGAAAGAGAUUGAACUGCUUUCUGAUGUCGCCUACUUCGUCCUUACCACUUUGUCAGGUUAUCAGACUCUGGGUGAAGAGUAUGUUAACAUUGUUCAAGUUGACUCAACCAAGAGAAGGGUACCUUCUUUUCUUCGACGGGCCAUCUUCGUUUCUCUGCAUACUGUAGUACCCUAUUGCUUAGAAAAGGGAUUACUGCAUCUGGAACACGAGUUGCAGAUAGCAGCUGACGAGUCCAGAACCUCGCAGAGCAACCCAGCACUUGGCUUAUCCAGUAGGACCUUAAUACGAAACUGGAUACAGAAACAAGUCGGGGAGCUUACAGAACAGCAGAAGAAAACAGUCUUACAAAUUGUGUAUGUUCUUAAACAAUGCAUACCUUUGCUCCAUCGACUACAUCUGGCAGUAUUCUACAUAAGUGGCACUUUUUAUCACCUGUCUAAAAGAAUCACAGGAAUCACGUAUCUGCAUUUUGGAGGACUGCAAAGAGAAGAUCAGAGUAUUCGAUCAAGUUACAAGUUUCUUGGAAUAAUUUCACUCUUCCAUCUUCUUCUAACAAUUGGUGUUCAGAUGUACAGCUUCAAACAGAAGCAGAGAGCAAGGCAGGAAUGGAAACUACACCGCAACCUAGCUCAUCAGAAAAAUAUGACCAAGGAAAAAACUACUGGGCGCCACUCCCGCUGCACUUUGUGUUUGGAAGAACGGAGACAUACAACAGCCACACCUUGUGGCCACCUCUUCUGCUGGGAAUGCAUCACGGAGUGGUGUAACACCAGAACAGAAUGUCCACUGUGCAGAGAGAAGUUUCAUCCUCAGAAACUGAUCUACCUACGUCACUAUCAACUGUAAAGGAAAAACCUAUUCUGUUUCAUGACAAGGGCCUUUAUAAAGUUGUCAUACAGCUUGAGUUAGUCCAAGAAAAAGACUUUAUUAUAAAAUUGGUAACUGCCUGUGCAAGGUGGCACUUCAUUCCUGUUUUACAGAAUAAAUCUACUUCUGCCUCUACCCUUCUGUUUCUUCUAACAUGGUUCUUGGCCAUAUUAAAAAUAUGUCUUUCUAAAAAGUGCUUAACACAAAUGUAGUAGUUUUCUUCACUGUGGACAAUGAAAAAUUUAAAUCAGAUUCUCAAUUUCUAAAUAUAAGUGUAGAUAACAAGUCUUCCAACCUUUCAUAGCAUGCUUAAGGUAUUAGUAAAACUCUACAAUUUGUAAGACUCCGUUUCUCCUGUAACUUAAUAAUGAAUCCAUGCUGUAGACUUCAAGGGAAAAGGACAAAAACUGUACACAAAUCCUUAGUUUAACUGCAGUGGAAGUUCCAAUGAUAGAUGUAUGUCAUGUACCAUUCUGUUUUCAUAACAAGGUUAAGAAUAAAGCAGGUUUCCUUGAUUUGACAAACGGUGAAUUUCCCUUAGAUCAACAGAAGCAACAAAUGCAAACCCAUAGUAAUGCUGACUACUUUGCACGUUGAUCAAUUAACAUUCAGCUUCCAAACUCAAAGCUCUUCUAUCACUAUUAGUAUCGAGACUUUUCAUCAAGUAUUCUAGACAUUGAGAUUAUAGCAAUGUAACAAGUGUUGUUUCAAAAAAGCCCUAGUAUGUAUACUAAUAAAACUAAGGUCAACUAUAAAACGUUAGUUUUGCAACACA